GAGAGUUACACAAACAAACGGAAUUUGGCGCAGCUGUCCAAUGUUGUGGGACUACACGCCAGACUUGGCCCGACUUACUCUUUUCUACAGAGGCCUUGGCUAUUGACUUCUGAGCAGCAUAUAAAAUCAAAUUAAUGAGAUUCGGGAGAUCUGUAGCCUAUUGUUUGUUUAAUGUGCAUAACUUCAGAAUAAAUAUUUUCAGCAGAGCAGACAUGGCAUCGUCGAAAUAUUUCACUCGAGCACAGCUUCAACAGCGAAGCGAUGAUGAUGAGACCAACGGCGACAGUAAGCGCAAAACCAAAGCCAGAGUUAAAGUUAAAGAAGAAAAUAUUUCCAAAGUCAAAGCAAGUGAAACCAUAAGUGGAAAACUGGGUUGUACCAUGAAAAGCCUGGCUAGAGGUAAACAAGAAUUUUCACAUGCGCCUGCUUUGGACUUGGUGGAUCGUGCCUCUGUGAGUUCUCCAACUCCAACGGCCAGAAAAAGACCAAGGCGGCACAUUAAAAUUGAGACUGAGAGUGACAGAACUGAUGCUUCUGAUGUCUGUGUGUCUAAAAAUCAAAAUGUUAAAGUAAAGCAAGAAGUUUCAUCUGUUGGAGAUCUAGAUCUGCUGUCACUACACAUCAAAGCUGAGAAACCUAAUCAGGAGUAUUCUUCCGAUUCUGUGAACAAUGCCAUUACAGAUCAUGAAGUCAAAGCGGAAUGGCAACCUCCGAGAUGGCGUGAACAGCUUGCUAAUAUUAUUGAGAUGCGAAAAUUCAGAGAUGCACCUGUUGACUCCAUGGGUUGCGAUGUUAUCAGUGAUGUGUUGGCAUCGCCAAAGGACUACAGGUAUCAGGUUCUGGUGUCAUUGAUGCUGUCCAGCCAGACCAAAGACCAGGUGACCUCAGCCGCCAUGUUCAAGCUACGAGAACACGGGUGCACCGUAUCCAACAUCCUUGCUACGUCGGAUGCUGAUCUCGGUUCUCUGAUUUAUCCAGUAGGAUUUUGGCAAAAAAAAAUUGGAUACAUCAAAAGAACUUCAGAAAUUUUGUCAGCCAAGUAUGACGGAGACAUCCCAAACACCAUAAAAGAUUUGUGUAGCUUGCCUGGUGUUGGCCCGAAAGCCCUACUGGAGUGAGAUCAACCACUUACUGGUGGGUUUUGGCCAGCAGACCUGCCUGCCCGUGGGGCCCAAGUGCUCGACUUGUCUCAACAAAACGAUCUGCCCUGUAGGACUGGGGCACAAGGCGGCAUCACCCAACGUGAAAAAAGAAAAAAAGUGAACCCCUCAGAAAGCUACUUGUUCUAUGUAUGGUCCAUUUGUUGAAAAUAAAGAGUAUAUGAAGAAAUAA